GGAGACGCUCGUUUAGCCCCGUGGCUCGUCCACCGUUAUCACCUCGCUACGCACAACAAGCAUGCCUUCACCUUUAUAAAGCUUGAAAAUGGCAGCCUCACUGUCUCCGCCGAGAGUCCUCUUGCUUGCUGUCCACUUUGCCACUAAGUCUGAUGUCCAGAGCUUGGCAGCACUUGUCGCCCACUACCCCCAUGUCCUGCGACCUGAGCUGAUUUUGAGAGUGCUUCUCACCUGUCUUCCCGAGACCCUUCGAUCGACUGAGUAUGUUGGGCUCAUAGAACGCAUCGAAGCCGGUGACAUAUAUUCGGAGCCCGAUCUAUCCAUCCAAUUUGACUCGUCUUCCAUUCAGGACAUUACUGAUGCCGAAGCGGCGAAGAAGACCCGUCGCCUACGUCUAAUUCCCUUAACUUGGGAACGUGCGCCAGCGAGUGCACUCCAGGACCCUGUAUCGCUAUUUCUACUUCGCCGCGCCCACCGUGUCGACCAAGAGGCAGGCCUUCUUACACAGCUUCCCGACCUGAUCGUGCCGUUUCUUCAGCAUGCCCCAUGUAUUCGUACCUGGGCCAUUUCGGUUUUGCUCCCUUUGCUCCGUCGUAACUACGAGUAUUACCCACACGAUCCCGUCUCUCUCACACUUGAAUCUUUUGAGCGCUUAGAUAGCCGGGAAGCUGUGGCUCUUUUGCUGUCGCAAACUGGUGUUCGUGAUGAGGACUUGCCCCAUGUUGGAAGAGAUCUCCGCGGCUUAAUAGGACCAUGGAUGUACAACGAGGAGAGAUGGGGUGCUCUGAUAGAAAAGCAGAGCUCCACAGGAGACACCAAAGGCACAUAUAGAACUUGUCCGGCUUGGGACCAUGUUCUUGAAUGGCUUCUCACCCAGUCCUCCGUGUCAUGGAAAAUAGCUGUCAAAGCCUUUGAUCAGUGGGACGGACCGAGCGACGUUGACCUUGGCGGCUACGGUUUCGAAUGGUUAGAUGACGAGACACAAGGCCUAUUGGAACAAAAAUUCGCUCGCGCAGCGUUAGCUUCGGCUUAUUUGAUACCAGAGGGCUCCGUAGAUGCCCUUACUGGGGUUAACAGUAUUAUCACAAAGAUAGUGUCACUCCUGGAUCAAGAUCACUGCCCAACUCUACAAGUAGCUUCCUCCUUGCUCUCGCCGUUCACGCAACCAGAAGACCAGAACCUUAUUUCUGCCAAAAGUGCUUCAUUGAUGCGGAACGGCCUGCUCGAAGAAUCAAACUAUCUCACUACACCUAAUCAGACAACCACGCAGCUCCUCCACGUUUUAACGCUGAGUGCAUUUAUACUUACAAAAGCUGGUGCGCCUUGCAACGUACGACGAGCCGGAGAGCUAGCCUUUCUCCAGGAUGAGCGGGAACAAAAAGCCGAGGCCCUAAGGCUGAUUCGUUCAUUGAGUGUAAAUGGGCCAAGGAAUGACGAUAAGUACUGGAUUCGUGCUAGAAAUGAGAUUCUGUGGCUUCGUGAUUGGGGCGCCGAAGAAGCAUACGGCUCUACCGAUAUCCAGAUUCACGGCAUAUUUGCCCAGCUGAAGAGAGACUUUCUCGAAAUUGCGUGUCUCAAGGCCUUCUUAGCAAAUACACGUUACUCUCUUGCCAGGUCUAUCUACGAAGACUCACCUGAGAAACCUCUCAGCACAAAUGUACUACAAGACACUGUCGUGGCAUCGGCAAUGGAGGCGUAUGAUAAUGCGUCCAACCCGCACCGUGGACGUGGUGGGCUUUUAAAAUGUGAUGAUAUUAUUCAUGCCUUUCCCAAAACUUUGGCGGAAACGCACCCUGCGUCAAAACGAAUCGAAGCCUUAUUGAGAGCUACUCAUGGUCUAUCUGAGUACCGCCUAGUCCUAAAGAAAGGAGAACCGUUUACUCCUGUGGUGUUGAGAGUUCAUUCUGAUCCCGUCUCAAUCAUCGAGAAGGUUUUGGAACAAAACUCAAAAAGUUACACCAACAUACAGGACCUGCUCGAGAUUGGGUCUAACAUGGUCGAUGCUGGCCUUCUCACUAGCGACAAGUCGGGUGAUGCAAGAACCAGCACGAAUCAACCAUCCAAUCACCAUGCAGUCACUCGUAGACGAAUAACAGCAAUGUGUGUGGACGCUGCAUUGACGGAGGAUGACUUCGAAACGGCUUAUUCCUACGUGGUUAAUCGCGUCGCUUCGGAUUCUGACCUUCAACUAGCUGAUGAGUACUCAUGGAAGGCUGCGUUGCAGGCUGGUAAGUACCGCCGCACGACUCGGACAGUGAAGCCGACACACAUCGGAACAGCCAGCGGGAAUCUAGAUAUAAGACACCUUGAACAACGGAUCGAGUGUCUAUCAGCGGCAGUGCGUAUUGCUCCGCCUGCGACUUUACAGGAGAUCCUGAAUGUCUUUCGAAAAUGUGAAGAAGAGCUCAAUGCGGCUAUCAAAGCCGAAGAAGUUCAGGAGUCAGAGUGGGAUGAUCGGGGCGAUCAGCAAGCGAUGCCAGGUGCAUUCAGUACCACUGUCCCCGCAGGCGUGGGUAGAAGUGUCCCGAGGUCUUCACGGCAUGUUGAAGAGGCUCCUAUGUCCUUGUUUGACUUAUCUAGAGCUAGCAUGGCUAGAGCGCAGUACAACUUCUCGGCCUUGUCGAGUUUGCAACGCAGUGGACAAUCAAGAGCGGAGGCGACAGAGGGAGGCUCGGAUGACGCGUCCGGACAGCCGCGGGCCCGGAAGAGGGAUCAACUACGAGAGGCAGCUGUUGGCACAUUGGCUUCCGGUGUCGGCUGGCUUAUUGGAGCACAGCCCGUGGAUAGGGGUCCGGAAAGAGAAUAAACCACCCCAGCUGAAGUGUAAUGAUGACAUAGAAGCACAAAGACUCUCUAUGAAAUACCAUCGCGAUUAGCAAGGAUGCCUGCAAGUCUAUCGUUACAUAGACUAUCGCGGCCCAAAGGCUGUCAUAUUGUGAUGCUGUUUCCAAUCUCUCUCUAAUCACCUCACAAUGUGAGAUCUGAAACAACACAUCUAUCUGCAGCCGCGGGAGCGAAGAUUGCUGAAAUU